CUUCCGAUGAUAAGAACCGUUUGACUCUUGAUGCCACAGAACAGAGCAACAGUUACAUACACAUGGUAGUCAUCGACUCCCGGAAGACGUGCCCUGUACUUAUCGGAAAAUAGGAAAUCACCCUAUUACAACGGGUUCUCCAUAUUACAAGGUGUGGGGAUUCUUAACAAGAGGGUGAUACGCCGGCGUGUCUCUGGGUGACUUCAACAACCUUUCAUCACACAGAUUCUAAGUGCCUUGGAUGGGAGAGCCUGACUCAGUCGUAUGCCGCUGUGCGCCUGCGGAAACAUGCUGAAGAGCAAAGAUGACGUUGCUGAAGAUGACGGAGUCCAGGUCCUGGAGCAAGUCGUGCGUUACCUGAACCCUAAAAGUCGACGGUCAAUCGAAGAGGAGACAAGCGAACGGUGCACGGCGAGCGGGUCCUACUGCUCCUGGUGCCUGUGUAAGUGCUGCAGCGGGAGAUGUCUGGAGGACAACACGAUGGGACUGGGGUUCGCCAGCAGGUGUGUUCCCUGGACCCAGUGUCUGGAGCAGGCGGCCAGAAACCCCAACAUCUACUGCAGACGGACCAGACUGUGACAGGAAAACGUGCAUACCUUACCGCACCACAGGCGGCAGUUAGGGUUGUCUGGGUGGUGGUUACAGCGUAAUGCUCGCUCGUUAAAAUUUAGAUAUCAUAUUCCCUUGCGAAUGUAAAUUGGGAGUUACUAGUGAAGCAGCGACACCUGGCGGGAUUACAGAAUACUGCCAUGGAACACAAAUUCUAUCCGGCUUUAAAUUACGGGUGAUCAGAAUGUAACACCGUUUAGAUCUGCCAGUGCCAAAAAGUCCCAAUAUAACUUUGAUUCACUCACACAGCAUCGAAUUGACAUCAAGGCGAUAAUAGUUUGAAGAUGAAGAUUGAACAGUAAAGCAUCAUGCUGCCAUACUAAGUUACAAGAAUUCAUUAAACUUUAUUGCAAUCGCCAUAGUAUCAAGUAAUAGUGACAAACUUGAUGGCGCUGAUUGAAAGUAAGAUUCAAAAGUACUUCUACUCUCUGAGAGAGUUAUCAACCUGUAGAGAGGGACGUUGCUGCUUGAAACGAGAACUGAUUAAGGUUUUAGUCUCUGACUUCUCCUUUGUCCGACAAUUAUGUGACCAAGUAAAAAGUGGCAAUAAAAUGACUUACUUCAUACGCUA